AGAACGAACUGUCAAAUGUCAAAUUGGUGACAAUUCAAUAAUUUGCAAAUUUUAAAUGUCGUUCCCAAAUACUUACUUUGAAUGAUAUUCUUAAACAGAAACGGUGGUUUAUACAUUGAAGCAAAUUGUAUUAAAAUACGCUAUACAGAAAAAGUACAUGAACACCAAACGCCAAAUUCCACCAUUUAGGUUAUAACACUGUCACUUUACGCACUUUGGAAUCUGUGUGAAGUUAGCAAACAAUGCCAAAUAUUUAAAAAAUCUCUUCUAAUUUAAAAAAAUGUCCGACGAAAAAUUGUUAGUAUCGUUUGCGUGCCAAAGGUGCCUUCAACCACUUCGGCUGGAUGACACAUUUAAUUACUUAAACGAGCACACCCUCGCCGAACUAACUUUACCUGUUAUAUCAAAUCCUGAUGUCGAUCUCGAAUCACAAGCAACCAGCGUCGAUCACUUCGUUCAUCCGUGCCGCCUUUCGGACUCUGGGAAUGGGAUAAACGGUUUCAUGCUCAUAUCCGACUCGGGAGAGGUCGAAACGAUAAGUAAUCAAAUGAGGGUACGCGCGACCUUGUUUGAUACCCUCUCGGAGAAUUCUCAUAUCGAUCAUCCGCUAUGCGACGAAUGCGCGGAUGCUCUUAUUGAAAUGCUGGAGCAGCAAGUUAAACUGACGCACAACGAUUACGAUGAUUACUGUGAAUAUUUACGCAAAUUAGAAAGUGACAGUGAGGAUCUACAUCUGGAUACAUUAGAGCAAGAAUUACACAGUCUUCACGAUGAAGAGAAACGUUUAUUGGAUGAACUUGAACGUAUGAAGGAGGAGGAAAGUGCCAUAGUGCUAGCGAUCGAGGAACAAGAGAGGAUAUCACAACGUUUGACACAGGAUGAGGAACGAUAUUGGAGGCAAUACACAAGCCAUAGGCGAGAUUUAAUGGCAACUGACGAUGAGUAUAGGAGUGUUGAAUGCCAACUUGAAUAUACACAGUCACAAUUAGAAAAAUUAAAGAAAACCAACGUUUUUAAUGCUACUUUUCACAUAUGGCAUUCUGGACAUUUCGGUACGAUUAACAAUUUUAGAUUAGGACGUUUGCCUUCUGUACCAAUCGACUGGUCAGAAAUUAAUGCGGCUUGGGGGCAAACUGCAUUGUUACUAGCAGCUUUAGCUCGUAAAAUAAAUUUAACUUUCGAUAGGUAUAAAUUAGUUCCAUAUGGCAAUCAUUCCUAUAUCGAGGUACUCUCCGAUCAAAAGGAGUUACCGUUAUUUGGGUCAGGUGGAUUUCGGUUCCUGUGGGAUACCAAAUUUGAUGCCGGCAUGGUUGCGUUCUUAGACUGCUUGCAACAAUUUAAAGAAAAAGUCGAAGAGGGCGACAAGGAUUUCUGUUUACCUUACAAAAUGAAUAAGGGAAAAAUCGAAGAUUCCUCUUCCGAUGCAAAUUACUCGAUAAAAAUACAGUUUAACUCCGAGGAACAAUGGACCAAGGCACUCAAGUUCAUGUUAACUAAUUUAAAAUGGAGUUUGGCGUGGGUCUCUUCUCAAUUUGGUGCCGAUGAUAAUGAGACUAAUUGAAAAAUUUAUUUAAAUAGCUUUUAUUGUUCAAUAUUUGUUGGAAAAUUCUUGUAUCUCCUUUUUUUUAUUUAUUAUAACUAUUAAUUUUUAA